GAUAAAUAUGCUCGAGAAGCUUUGGGAUGAUGUCUUGGCUGGCCCUCAGCCCGAUCGCGGCCUUGGAAGGCUAAGGAGAAUCGCCACCAGCAUCACCGAUACAGAGGGAGAAGGGCGGAAGUAUCAGAGAUCGCUGUCGAUGCCGGCGAGUCCAGAGACGCCGAUGUCGCCGGCGUCGCCGCGGGCGUCGGACAAUGUGUGGAGGAGUGUGUUCAACCCAGGUAGCAAUCUGGCCACCAAGUCCAUCGGCUCCGAUGUGUUCGACAAGCCUCAGCCCAACUCCCCCACCGUUUAUGACUGGCUUUAUAGUAAAGGUACCAGGAGCCAGCACCGUUGAAGCUCCGGCGACUGUCGUCGCUACCUUUCCGGCUGAAAUUUAUGUUCUGUUUUAUGAUUUGUAGCAACCCUUUCUGUGUGAGAGAGUGAGUUGCCCCAAACUCUCCUUAUGCAAGUUUUGCCUUUGCCAUGUUAACUCAUUCAUGGUGGCAUUUCCUCAUA